AGUCUCUACAUGCACCUAUGCAACCUUUAAUUGUUAAUAAAAACAUCAAUUAGUCAACUAUAGGCCUCUUAUACACUGUUGUUACUAUUUCAAGUCAAAUUACUGAAGUUCUGGCGAAACCAUAGCUCUCAUACAGCAUGGCGAGAACCACGAGAUCCAAAGCAAGCGCAUCUGCUGCAACACCAGAAUCCAAACCGACGACGACCUCAAAUACCAAGUCGAAAUUCAUAUUACCUGCAGAGUCCUCAAAUCCACCGAAACUCUUCAUACUCCCUUCUAAGGCUACAAAAGAAGCGAAAAUAGUCUCUUUACUAAAUCCGAGAUAUGCAAAGCCAACAAGAUAUCUGGUAUGUCCCGAGACAGGCAUCUACGAGUUCACAAGGAUCGCUGCGCCAAAAUCUACACCGAGAAGUUGGUUGAUAGAAUGUAGCGACACGGGCAAAGUCGAAGAGAAGAAGAGCGAGGAUGGCGCUGAACUUGGCGCUUAUAUUACAAAGGGCGCCGACCUAUACGUUGCUACACCCAUCGAUCCUAUAUUUCUCCUAUUACCCGCAUUCGCGAACCAAUCCGUCAGUACUAAAGGUGGAAAACGAAUGUUCGUAUCCAGCGACGAUCACUUUGACUCCAUAAAAGAAUCUUCGCCACAUUUAUCUGAGAUAUUGCGAUGGGGUAACGUUCGAGAGCUAUUAGAAUCGCGGAUGGCUGCUAUGUGCGACACAGCUGAUGGGGGCAAUGAAACGAUGUUUCGCUUCAGCCAGGACAAACUCCUAGCGGAAAUAUUAGCCAAGGCGCAAAAUAUGAGCGAACAGUCUUUGCCGAAAAGUAUGGAGGAGAAAUUUGUGACUAAGGCCCUAGAGGCUCCGGUCGUAGGUGUGAAGAGGGAGAACACCGUCAUAACGUCAGUUACGCAGCAAACGGAAACGCAAGCACAAAGCGAAACCUCAGCACCCACCUCAGAGGUGUCAACCCCCAAACUCGAGUCCACGGAUAGUCAGUCAUCCACGUCUUCCACAGAAACCAGCACUAGUACCGCGUCAGAAGCAUCCACAGCCGCAACCUCAGUCACUAUCGAAGAAUCUACGACUACCAUCACCGCCGCCGCAGAACUCAUGCCCUCCCUCCAUGCCUCCGAAGAAGUCAUAAAACUCCAACGUCUGCGCACCGCCUUCAACUUCAUAUGUUCGUGCUAUGUCGCACCUUCGCAAGCGGCACAACUCCUCGCAAAACUUACAUCACAAAAGGAACAAGAAGAAAAGGCGCCACUAGUUGAUUCUACACCUCUAGACGAGUAUCUAGCCGAACUCAACAAACUGCGACAAGAAGCGGCCGCAGCGCGUAACAUGACGGAUUACUCGCGCAAGCGGGCGCUUGACGACGAGGAGCUGGCGCACCGGGAGGAAAAGAAACGACGGAAGGAGGAAGAGGAGAAGCGGAAGAAGGCAGGUGAGAGUAGAGGCGUGAGGGAUUUGAAGAAGGUUAAUACGGUGGGGAUGAAGAAGAUGAGUGAUUUCUUUAAGAAAAAGUAGGUGUAUAAUAUAUGGAAUAAAAUGGUAACAUUUGUAUAAUUGGAAACGGGAGGUGGGUGCAUAGUAAUUGAUGUCAUUUGGCGUCUAUGUAUACCUAUCAGGUAGUUAUCUGGCCUACAGGCUCCGGGGUGGGCAUCGGGAUAUGUGCCAUUUAUCGUUGUGUAUAGAUAAUAGCAAUGGCUCGAAUCAUCAAGCUCCCAAUCAUCUAGUCGUGUUCAUCUCAUCAUUCGACAAAUCUUCAUCCCUAAUACCCCCUCGGUCCUCUCGACUUCCCCCUCAAAAACCCC